AUGUUGUUUGGAUCAGUGGUACGCAGUGACUGUAGUGGGGAUUUAAGCACCAUGCAAACCCUGCCUCCACAAACAUUCAUGAGUGAACCAAACAGCCUUCAUAAAUGCUUCACAUGCAGAAACUGUGUUGAAAGUCAAGGCCUUUAUAUCCAGAGUAAAUGCACUACAAUAAAAGACACAUUCUGUGAUGUGCUCGAUGGAUAUUACUGCAUUGAUUACUCCAAUUCACAGUGCCGUCAUGCUCAGAAACAUAGUGUUUGUAAACCAGGACAAGAAACAAAAAGACCAUUGUUUCUGAAUACUUCAGGAACAAAGACUUUGGAGACAAUAUGUGUGAACUGUCCUCCUGGAUUUUAUUCUCCAUCAGGUCUGAACUGCUCCAAAUGGACAGAUUGCACAGCUAGGAAUGAAAUACAGACAGAAAUUGGCAGCUCUGUUAAAGAUGUCAGAUGCACAUCAUUGUUCUACAUAAUUCUUAAACCUGUGGCCAAUGUGCCAAAGUUGUAA